AUGGAAUGGAUUAAUGUCAAUCGGUUUAUCAAAGACCUGUCGCAAAAGGACCAGAAAAAUGUGCCUGAACAUAUUGCUCAUAUGAUGAAAGCUGGAUAUUUUCAAAAGGAAAACAGCUCAGAUAAGGAAAAGAUUAUUGAUAUACCAAUGGUUGUUGUUAUGAAUGAAGCCCCCGUUUCGGCCAGUAAUGACUUAGGAUUUAAUGUAAUUAGUGCUUUUAAUCUUGCAGAGAAUGGCAUGAAAAUCAAUUCCAAAGAGAAUCUAACUCCCAUUUAUGUUUAUCCUAAAGCAAGGCCUCAUUCUACGUCCGAUAAUAACACCACAGGCAUAGAGGAAAAUCAAUAUUAUUGUGAUAUCCGUGACGGUCAAAAUAUGAACAAAAGUUUGGAUCUGGAUGACGAAAAUGAAACGUUUCGAUCAAAUGGUGUAUUUAACCCAUUAAUUGCUGAGUUUAUGUCAUUGUCUAGAUUUGGAUUUAAAGUGUAUGACGGGUAUAAUAAGGAAGAGAUUACAGUCAGAGCACUUUGGCUUUACUCGGUUGGCGAUAUACUCACUAUUUCUGAUCUUAUGGGUGGCAGGUACCCUGAAAACUUAAGAUGCUGUCUUCGAUGCAAUGUUUUUAAAUCACCUUUGACUUUUCCAGCAAAUCCGUCAGUGAAAGAAGGGAGAGGAAUUUUUAACUUUUCACAGCAAACACAUGGAACUUUAAAAUCUAGAAAUGAUGGAAUUUUUCUAAAUUACUAUAUGAAUUUGGAUGAAGCUGAUGGAAAAUAUAUUUCUAAUGACUAUUACCACUCAGUAAUCGAGCCAAAUUUUAAGUUAAAUGGGGAAAUUUCAAACAAAAAAUAUGCAUCUAAAAAACAGUGUAAUGAUCUUUGUGAAAAUGAAAACGUUACACAUUCUACAUUCUAUGGGUUUAAAAUCCGUUCACCAAUGUUUGAAUAUAAAUAUUUCAGUUUGCCUUGGUCGCUUCCGCCCGAUAUCAUGCAUGUCCAGUUUAUAAAUAUCUUAAAACUAAUGCUCUCAAUUAUUUUGGACCCAAAUAGUGAAGCAGUACAUGGGUCAAAGAAUAUUGAUUUGUCUCAAUUUCGAUUUAAUUCUGAACAGCGCAAAGCUUACUACAAGUUUUUAAAGCAUCUAAACUAUAAUACUCCGCAAGAAUUUAAAGACAAUAUGUUUGAUAUCAAUAUUUUGUCUAGUAAAACUUUUGGAUUGCGAUCGGCCGCUCAAAGAGAAGCACUGUUAAAAGUCUUUUAUGUUCUUAAAGACGUAAUCCCAAAAGAGAAAGAUGGAAAACUAGAUCAUCUUCUUGAUAUAUAUUCUCAAAUGUCUGUUUUAAUGUCAUACAACAACUCAACAGAUUUAUGUGAUGAUGUGGAUAUAAACGAUCUCGAACAAAGUUGGGAAAUGGUUAUUAAUGCUUUUGAGCUGAUAGUAACUAAUUUCUAUACUGAAAAUACUUUUAUAGGGACACUACCGUUACAUACAAUGCUUCACUCCGCUGGAUAUCUAAAACGCUCAGGUACACUUAGAAAGUUUAGCUCCUAUGCGACAGAACGGCUUGUAAAAACAGUUAAAAGUGCUCAACAAAAUAGCCGACAUCCAAUUUCCUCACUUUGCAACUAUAUGAUUAAAGUGUAUCUCAUAAAAGUUGUCUUCGCCUCUUUUGAACUUUCAAAAACACUAAUGCCUGCAACAAAACUUUCUAGCGAAAUAGUGGAAUACAGCACCAGGGAAAAUAACAGCAAUCUGCAGUUUUUAGCAAGGCAGCUAGUCUUAAAUUAUGGUGAAUACACCUUUGGUACAGAUCUGGCUGUUGUUACUAAGAAAGGGUUAACACUACUACCCGACAAAGGCCAUGGUAUUGAGAUUGAGUUAGAAAAGCCAGAAACAUAUUACUAUAGAUGGUUUACAAGAAUUAAACACAACACGUCAAAUUAUACUAUGGAUGCCAAGAAACCAUUUACAGAUACCGAUUGGGACACAGCAAAGCCACGAAAAAUCCGAAAUAUAGUCAGAAUUGUGCCUUCAAAAACGGGAAGUUCGUCGAUAUCUAGCUAUGCCAAGCUAAUUGCUUGUUAUUCGAUUCGUCGACCAACCGUGAAAAAAGCCAAUUACUUUGCAAUAGUCGACAUUAUUGAAGAUUUAAAGUCUGUUACGCCGACCAUUGAUCUAUUGACGUUUGGAACUGAUGUGAUAUUGGGAAAAUAUUGGAUUGGUAAACCAAAGGUAAAAAGAAGAGUGGUUCCAGUUGAACAGAUUAACAACCCUGUUUUCGUGCUUCCAUACAUUAAUUUUGAAGUAGCGAAGGGUGAAUUCCAGGACCGGUUUUAUAUUGUGGAUCCCUACACAUUCUGUGAGUUUACAAAAGACUCCCAAAAGAAAGUGGAGCUUAGUAUUUAUAGAGAUCACAGAAACGUGAACAAGGAAGAGCUGAAAUACUUAAGAGAACAGCUUGGAGAUCGAGCUGACGAAUAUAUAUAUCGAUGGGUAAACGGCUCAAUUUAA